CAGAGGUUCUCUGCGGCUGCGGCGCUGCCCGCCUCACCUGUGUCUCCUGUGACCCGCUCCGCCGUCCCGCGCCGCCCGCGCGCUCCAGUCGUGGAGGUGAGGGAGGCUGUGCCCAUUGCCCGGCUUAGCUGCGGCUACCCGCCCCUGGAGCCUCCUAGUCGGCGGCGUGUGAACCCUCGGUGUUCCGGAAUCCGGUUCUCAAGCGCACAGGACCGGCCCGGGACCUCGACGGCGGUGCGGGUGCAAACCCCAGCCCCGCGGUGCGAGUCCGCCUCCUCCCAGAGGCCCGCCGGCUCUCAAGAGUUGGGCGAACUCUUUCGUGCAAGGGAAGUUGUUUUACUUUAAAUAAAGAAUAUGGUGAAACUAAUGCACACACUAACCGAUCAUGGUGAUGAUGUCAACUGCUGUGCCUUCUCCUCGUCUCUCUUGGCUACUUGCUCCUUGGACAAAACAAUCCGCCUGUACUCCUUAAGUGACUUCACUGAACUGCCACACUCUCCAUUGAAGUUCCACACAUAUGCUGUCCACUGCUGCUGUUUCUCUCCUUCAGGACAUAUUUUGGCAUCGUGUUCAACAGAUGGUACUACUGUCCUGUGGAGUACUCAAAAUGGACAGACUCUGGCAGUGAUGGAACAGCCUGGUGGUAGUCCUGUGAGGGUUUGCCGGUUUUCCCCAGACUCCACUUGUUUGGCAUCAGGUGCAGCUGAUGGAACUGUUGUUUUGUGGAAUGCACAGUCAUACAAGUUAUAUAGAUGCGGUAGUGUUAAGGAUGGCUCCUUGAUGGCCUGUGCAUUUUCUCCUAAUGGAAACCUCCUUGUUACUGGCUCCUCAUGUGGAGAUUUAACAGUGUGGGAUGAUAAAAUGAGGUGUCUGCAUAGUGAAAAAGCACAUGAUCUUGGGAUUACCUGCUGCGAUUUUUCUUCACAGCCAGUUUCUGAUGGAGAACAAGGACUUGAGUUUUUUCGAUUGGCAUCGUGUGGUCAGGAUUGCCAAGUCAAAAUUUGGGUUGUUUCUUUUAGCCAUGUCUUAGGUUUUGAAUUAAAGCAUAAAAGUACACUGAGUGGGCACUCUGCUCCUGUUCUGUCUUGUGCUUUUUCCCAUGAUGGGCAGAUGCUAGUCUCAGGAUCGGUGGAUAAGUCUGUCAUGAUAUAUGAUACUAACACUCAGAAUGUACUUCACACAUUGACUCAGCAUACCAGGUAUGUCACAACAUGUGCCUUUGCACCCAGCACCCUCCUACUUGCUACUGGUUCAAUGGACAAGACAGUGAAUAUCUGGCAAUUUGAUCUGGAAACACAUUGCCAAGCAAGGAGCAUCGAAGAUCAGCCGAAGCAUUUUACUGAAGACUGGUCAGAGGAGGAUGUCUCAAUGUGGCUUUGUGCACAAGGUUUAAAAGACCUUGUUGGUAUUUUCAAGAUGAAUAACAUUGAUGGAAAAGAACUAUUGAGCCUUACAAAGGAAAGUCUGGCUGAUGAGUUGAAAAUUGAAUCUCUAGGGCUGCGUAGUAAAGUGCUGAGGAAAAUUGAAGAACUCCGGAACAAGGUGAAAUCCCUUUCUUCUGGAAUUCCCGAUGAAUUUAUAUGUCCAAUAACUAGAGAACUUAUGAAAGACCCUGUCAUCGCAUCAGAUGGCUAUUCAUAUGAAAAGGAAGCAAUGGAAAAUUGGAUCAGCAAAAAGAAGCGUACAAGUCCAAUGACAAAUCUUGUUCUUCCUUCAGUGGUUCUCACCCCAAAUAGGACUCUGAAAAUGGCCAUCAAUCGAUGGCUGGAGACCCAUCAAAAAUAAAGCUAUUAGCUGUUUGUUGCAUGUCUAUAAUCUCAGCGACUCAGGAGGCUGAGGCAAGAGGAAUCCAAGUUUAAGGCCAGCCACAGCAGCUUAGCAAGACCUUGUUUAAAAAAUUUUAAAAAGGUCUGGGGAUGUAGCUUAGUGGCAGAGCGCUCUUAGCAUGUGCAAGGCCCUGGGUUUGAUCCUCAGUACUGCAAAAAAAUAAAAUGGUUUAUAUUGUAUUAUUUAUAUUUUCAGUGAUCUCAUUUGAAUUAAAAAGUAAGCAAGCAUUAUUAAAAGCAAAACAGAAGGAAAAAGGUAAACAAUUUAGUUACAAAAAUCCUAAGUUUUCAUUCUUUAAAAUAGCUGGGGAUAUAGCUCAGUUGGUAGUAUUUGCUUUGCACGUACAAGGCCCUGGGUUCAACAUACCCAGCACCACACACACACAUACACACACAAAAAAACAACAAACAAAACAAAAAACCCCACAUAUGGGCUUAAUUAUAUAUCUUUUUUUGUACUAAUGAAAAAAAAAAUGUUGACUUUAAAUUGCAAUGCUUUAAAUUUAUUCUGGUUAGGUAUAGGUCAUGUCCCUUUAUAACUAAAGAUCAGAAUAUGAUAUAACAGAUGUUUAUAUCCUAGUCAAUAGCUAUUCAUUUGAUAACUUGAUUUAUAACAAAAUAAUUAUAAAUUGCUUAUGACUGAAAAAAUUACUUCAGACAUGUUUAAUAAGCAAUUUUGUUGGAUUCUAUAUUUGUAGGAUACUAAGAAUUUUUUUAGUCAAGCCCAGAUACAAGUUAGAUGAAAUAAAUUAUCAUGAAUAAGUCAGUCUGACUUUGCAUAAUACACAAAGUGGCAAACCAGCCUCCUUUUAAAAUUUAGACUUUUUAGAUGUUCUCUCGGGGAGAUCAUACAAAGGCGUUUUUACAUAGUGUCUGAUACUUGGCGUGCCUUCACCACCUGACUAGUAUUCAGGUCCAGGGAGGUAGUGCUCUACCGACUUCUCACUUGUCUGGUGUACGCUGUCUGUUGGAACGGGGCAUCGGAGGGAAGUUAGAACAAAACUGCAAGGGCAGGUUGGAACCAGGACCGUCUUUAACCCUCACCACAUCAUCCCCCAGACUCUCUGGAGUUGUUCAAGAAUGCUGAAACUUGGCAACAUGAAUGUCUGUAGUAUUUAGUCUUUCCCUGUAUUUGAUAAAUGUACAGUUAUUGUAUGUGUGUACUCUGUUCAUGGAAAGGUGGCAAGGCUACCACAGAAAUUUCCAAAUACUCUUUAUAGUGGCUACUUUGUAAAAUUUUUUAACUUAAUGGAUUACUGAACUGCAGUUUCUUUGUUACAGCAGGAAUUUACAAUUAUUGUAGAAAGGGUAAUUUUUCUUAUACUGCACGUGCUUUUUACUCUCUUGCUAAUGUGAACAAAAAGAUUGGAAACAUUCUAGAAGGUGUUUUUAAAAUGUAUUCUGCAGAGAAAGUAUGCUAACAUGUGUAACAAGAUUUUUUUAAUUUAAAAGAGCCUAUGAUUAGACCAACUAUCUUUUUGGUUUGUUUCCAAAGAGGGUUGGGGUGAUAUUUAAUAAAAAUUACUAA